CCAAACCAAACUCAACCAUCUUCUUCCCCAUUAAUAAAAACUUCACUUCCUUUUUAAAUCCCCAACUCUCCAACUCCACUUUCUCACUGCAACUUUUUCUCCCUAACAAUGGCGUUAGCGACUUCAAAUCUCCUUUUCCUCUUCCUCUUUUUUCUCUCUCUCUUCCCCUUCACUCUCUCCCGCUCCUCCUCACACCUUUCUCCUCACUCCUCUGCUUCUCUCGACGUUUCAGCUUCUCUCCAACAAGCCAACCAGGUUCUCAAAUUCGACCCCACGGCUUCCAUUUCCUUCCAACAGCAGGUUCAUCUUGUUCCUUCCAACUCUUCCUUCUCCUUUUCUCUUCAACUCCACCCUCGCGAUUCUCUUCAUAAUGCUGGGCAUAAGGACUACAAGAGCCUCGUUCUUUCCCGCCUCUCCCGAGAUUCGUCUAGAGUUAAAUCGAUCUACGAUAGGCUUGAAUUUGCUCUCAGUGAAUUGAAGAGGUCGGAUCUUGAGCCGUUGAAAACAGAGAUUCUGCCGGAGGAUCUGAGUACUCCGAUUAUCUCUGGUACCAGUCAAGGAAGUGGUGAGUAUUUCUCCCGUGUUGGUGUUGGACAACCGGCUAAGCCAUUUUAUAUGGUUCUUGAUACUGGUAGUGAUAUCAAUUGGCUUCAAUGUCAGCCUUGUACGGAUUGUUAUCAGCAAACUGACCCGAUUUUUGACCCCAGAAGUUCGUCUUCUUUUGCUUCACUUCCUUGUGAAUCUCAGCAAUGUCAAGCUCUUGAAACGUCUGGUUGCCGUGCUUCUAAGUGUCUUUACCAGGUCUCGUAUGGCGAUGGUUCAUUCACCGUCGGUGAAUUCGUUAUUGAAACGCUGACGUUUGGUAACUCCGGGAUGAUUAACAAUGUUGCUGUCGGUUGCGGCCAUGACAACGAAGGAUUGUUCGUUGGAUCGGCUGGAUUGCUCGGACUCGGCGGUGGAUCAUUAUCCCUAACUUCUCAGAUGAAAGCGUCGUCGUUUUCAUACUGUCUCGUCGACCGUGACUCCAGUUCGUCUUCAGAUCUCGAGUUCAAUUCCGCUGCACCUAGUGAUUCAGUGAAUGCUCCUUUACUCAAAAGCGGAAAAGUCGAUACAUUCUAUUACGUCGGACUCACCGGAAUGAGCGUCGGCGGUCAGUUACUCUCAAUUCCUCCUAAUCUCUUCCAAAUGGACGAUUCCGGUUAUGGCGGCAUCAUCGUCGACUCAGGAACUGCGAUAACUCGGCUACAGACUCAAGCCUACAACACUCUCCGUGACGCCUUCGUGAGUCGCACACCGUACUUGAAGAAGACAAACGGAUUCGCAUUAUUCGACACAUGUUACGAUCUGUCGUCACAGUCUCGAGUCACCAUUCCAACGGUGUCUUUUGAAUUCGCCGGCGGGAAGUCUCUGCAGCUGCCGCCGAAGAACUACCUCAUCCCGGUGGAUUCUGUUGGAACAUUCUGCUUCGCGUUCGCUCCAACGACGUCGUCUUUGUCCAUCAUAGGGAACGUACAGCAACAGGGGACACGUGUCCACUACGAUUUGGCAAACUCGGUCGUUGGGUUUUCACCCCACAAAUGUUAGGAAAUUGGAAAAUUAUAAAUUAGGUUUUCUUUUCUCUCUCUUUUUUGGGGGUGUGUGGGAAAUUACGAAGUUAGGGUUGUGAUGAAUUGAAAUUAUAAAUUAAUUUGGGUUUGUUUAAGGUGGGGCAGAUGGAUAUGGAUAAGUAAAUGGGGCCAUGGAAAUCAAUUGGAGAAAGGUUUGUCAUGUGCUCUUCAUAAAUCAAUCAUAAUUGUACUCUCAAGGUUCUGUUGAGUGGCGUGUAUAGUGAAUAGAGUACAAAACUAUUAGCAACUUUGAAUUUCUAAUUACUAGUUAAAGGUAUCCAUUACCAUCUCAUAUA